AACUCAAUCAACAUGGUAAAUAUUUUCAUCUCAAUCAACAGGGUAAAUAUUUUCAUCUCAAUCAACAUGGUAAAUAUUUUCAUCUCAAUCAACAUGGUAAAUAUUUUCAUCUCAAUCAACAUGGUAAAUAUUUUCAUCUCAAUCAACAUGGUAAAUAUUUUCAUCUCAAUCAACAUGGUAAAUAUUUUCAUCUCAAUCAACAGGGUAAAUAUUUUCAUCUCAAUCAACAUGGUAAAUAUUUUCAUCUCAAUCAACAUGGUAAAUAUUUUCAUCUCAAUCAACAGGGUAAAUAUUUUCAUCUCAAUCAACAUGGUAAAUAUUUUCAUCUCAAUCAACAGGGUAAAUAUUUUCAUCUCAAUCAACAUGGUAAAUAUUUUCAUCUCAAUCAACAUGGUAAAUAUUUUCAUCUCAAUCAACAUGGUAAAUAUUUUCAUCUCAAUCAACAUGGUAAAUAUUUUCAUCUCAAUCAACAUGGUAAAUAUUUUCAUCUCAAUCAACAUGGUAAAUAUUUUCAUCUCAAUCAACAGGGUAAAUAUUUUCAUCUCAAUCAACAAGGUAAAUAUUUUCAUCUCAAUCAACAUGGUAAAUAUUUUCAUCUCAAUCAACAUGGUAAAUAUUUUCAUCUCAAUAAACAAGGUAAAUAUUUUCAUCUCAAUCAACAUGGUAAAUAUUUUCAUCUCAAUCAACAAGGUAAAUAUUUUCAUCUCAAUCAACAUGGUAAAUAUUUUCAUCUCAAUCAACAUGGUAAAUAUUUUCAUCUCAAUCAACAAGGUAAAUAUUUUCAUCUCAAUCAACAGGGUAAAUAUUUUCAUCUCAAUCAACAGGGUAAAUAUUUUCAUCUCAAUCAACAUGGUAAAUAUUUUCAUCUCAAUCAACAUGGUAAAUAUUUUCAUCUCAAUCAACAAGGUAAAU